AAACUGUGUAUGCAGAUGUUGAGUUGGGAAUUAAAGUGAUAUCAUCAAUGAACAAAGCACAAACAAGAGUGGAAGAAGACUAAAAAGCAAAGACAGGUAGCUCGGAUUAACAAGAAAACUCAACGGGAGAGAUGGAGGUCAUAUUCAAACUGCUUGUGUGCCUGCUUCUGGUCCUGCACAGUCCUGUUGUUUACCUCUACUCAGUACCUGCAAGCCUGGAGAAUCCAGAAAGUGUGGUAGUUUCUGUGUCAAACAUCAGUGCCCAUGUUGGGUCCCAAGCUCAGCUUGUAUGCCAGAGUUACCGGAUAGUGUGGACACAAGACAAUAUAUUGGAUAGACAACGCGUUUUGCACUGGGAUCUGUACAGUAGCAAAGGAGUACACCGUGGUGAACGUCUUCUGGAUAUGUUUUCAGCUGGGGAGAUCCGUAUCUACAAUGGCCACAACAGAGAUCGGAUCCAAGUUUCAACAUCAGCUUUCAAAGAUGGCAAUUUUUCCCUACUUAUCAAAGACGUUUCUUCAGUCGAUCAAGGACUGUACACUUGUAAUCUUCAUCAUCACUAUUGCCAGUUGGCUGAAAAUGUGAAAGUUCAACUGAACACUACCAAGUCAGAAAAGAGAGUGAAAAUGUACUGGGAUGGAGAAAAGGUGGUUGUCGUUGCUCUCAUAGGUACCACAGCUAUGUUGCCCUGUGAAAAUUGGAAACAGAUGUGGAUUGACCGUCAUAGUGAGGGGGACCAACAGGUGGUACACUGGGACCGCCAAGCCCCAGGGAUUCCACAUGACCGAGCUGAUCGCCUUAUCGACAUGUAUGCGUCAGGAGAACGACGAUCAUACGGACCACUCUUCAUCAGGAAAAAGAUGAAUGUGACUGAUUCAGCCUUUUCGCAGGGAGAUUUCUCACUUUUUAUAUCAAACUUGAGUCGAGGAGAUGAAGGAACAUACUCGUGCCACCUUCAUCAUCAUUACUGCGGACUUCAUGAGCGAAGAAUUUUCCACCUGCUUGUGACUGAUCCUCCACAGCAAGUAGAACCACCUACCAAAACAAACCGAGAUCCUCCUCCAGCUGUAGAAACUAAAAGAGUGCAGGAAAACAAAGUCAUCAACGUUAUAAUCCCAGAAAGUCGGAUUCAUUUCUUCCAUCAACUUGGAUACAUCCUGGCAACUUUGUUACUGUUCCUUCUGCUAGUAACAGCUGUGAUCCUCAUCACCCGCAAGCAUCGGAGACGAGGGUAUGCUUACAACUUGGAUAAGCCUGCAGGAAAAGAGGUGAAUAUGAAGGAGUUUUGCUUGACGCCUCCUGAUCUUGUUCAAUACAAAAAGGAACAACUCAGAAUUGAUUAUAAAAAUAACAUUCUGAAGGAACGUGCUACGAUGGAGAGGACUUUGACACCAAAGCACAUUGAUUUGGACCUAGAGCUACGAAAAGAAUACUGUAAGUAAGGAUCACUAAAAACUGCUGCUGGCUGGCCCAGAAGCUGACACUUCACAUAAGAAGAGGAAUUAAAAAUGUUGCCAGUUUUUUAUUGAAGCUGAUUUUUCUAUGUCAUUCCUGUGAGGCUGUUUAAGAGCAAUGGAUCAAUCACCUCCACAUUGUGCUUCAACAUAGAAGAAACAACAGUCUUAUUAGAAAAAUGACACUUUAAAUGUCUUGAUGGAAUAUGUACCUUGAGGCAACUUCCAUCGCCCUCUACACUUUGCAAUUCCCCAUUAAGUAUUAAAAAAAAUAAUAAUCAAGAUUAAAAACAGCAAAACACUUUCAUUAUUACCACAGUAAUGUUAGAACUGCUUUUGGCUAUAUCUGCUUUUAAUGAUGUUAUGCAAACAGCAGGCAUUAUAUCGGAUACACUGCAUAUAGCUGACUUUUCUUUGCCACUGAAAUAUAUUUUAUUUUCCAUCUAAAAGGUUUAGCUUAGCUACAAAACUGAUUUUUAAGCAAUCCCUUAAAGAAACACAUCAUCUUUUAAAACCUAGGUUAGUGGUUCCCACCCUAUUCCACAAGGCACAUCACCUGACCAAUCAAUAAUGGAAGCAUAUCCCAAUUUUGUUCCCGUAAAGAUACUGGCAAAUUUCUAUGUUUCUAAAUCAUUUACUGACUGUGUACCUUGAGAACUGAGUUGGCAUUGAGAGUGUGCACAGCCCUAUUCAACUGAAAGAGUGUUAAUUUUAGGAAAAUGCUUGAGUUUAUUAUCUAUAGAUCUGCAGUAGGCAACCUUGAGUUAUCCAAAUGUUGUGGUCAUGUCCCUUGAUGUAUUGCCAGCAUUAUGACUGUAAAAAGCAUUAUGGGAGAUGUAGUCCACAUGUCUUUCCGAGGUUGCCUAUCCUUAUUAUUGAUGUGUUUAUGUACAUUAUAAAAUACUCAUUCUUUAAAAAGCCAAGUACAAUCAAAAGGUGUCUUGUGUAUUGUAAUGAUGUAUGGAUCACUAUAGUGUAUUUGUAUGUUCUUUUUAGUGGAGCAGUUCAUUAGCCAAUAGUUUUGUAAAUAUGAUCUUUUUAAGUAUUUUUUUUAUAAAAUCGCAGAUCAACGAAAAAGCCUAACUGAGAUUUAAACGAAAAAAAAAAAUGACCAUAUACAUGUAAAUAAGCCACAGGCAAACGUUGAAAUUGUAGAAACAAUCACAAAUACUUUAUAGAUACACAUAAUAAAAAGAAAUGAUACUAUGAGGAAAUGUUUAUAUUGUGGGCCUGUUCAUUUUCAAGAAGGCAUUGCAAGACCAAGGAAAAGAAGCAAGAUAUGGAUUGAGUCUUUCAUCAGAUCAGUGCUGAGCAGACGUAUGUGCCAUCAUGACAAUAUUUUGAUUUGAGAUCUACCGUACAUUAGUAUUGUAAUGUAGAUCAGAAUGGAGCGAACAUAAUUGGCUGCCAUAUAACUAUGGUUCUAUGUCAUACUGUUGGUGGUCAGAUUACCAUUUGUGCCUUUUAAUAGUUUGGUAAAUCU